UGUUCGAGCAGCAAGCUUCCGCUGGAGUUUCUUGAGGAUGCAAACCGAGAUGGAGGCACAGAGUCCCUUGGCCGAGGCCGGCUUCACCCAGGUCACCCGAAAAGGUGGCCGGCGGGCGAAGAAACGGCAGGCUGAGCAGCUGUCCGCACCGGAGGAGGGCGGGGACGCGUCCCGCAUGGACACCGAGGAGGCCCGGCCUGCCAAGAGGCCCGUCUUCCCGCCCCUCUCCGGGGACGGGUUUCUGGGUGGGAAAGAAGAAACCAGAAAAAUUCCAGUCCCAGCUAACAGAUAUACUCCCUUAAAAGAGAACUGGAUGAAGAUAUUUACACCUAUUGUGGAGCAUUUGGGACUUCAGAUACGCUUUAACUUGAAAUCGAGGAAUAUAGAAAUCAGGACUUGUAAAGAAACCAAAGAUGUUAGCGCUCUGACAAAAGCAGCUGAUUUUGUGAAAGCCUUUCUUCUUGGGUUUCAGGUAGAGGACGCACUUGCCCUCAUUAGGUUGGAUGACCUCUUCCUAGAGUCUUUUGAAAUUACAGAUGUUAAGCCCUUAAAGGGAGACCACCUGUCGAGGGCAAUAGGAAGAAUCGCUGGCAAAGGAGGAAAAACCAAAUUCACCAUCGAGAACGUGACACGGACGCGGAUAGUUCUGGCUGAUGUGAAAGUUCACAUCCUUGGUUCUUUCCAAAACAUCAAGAUGGCAAGAACUGCUAUCUGCAACCUCAUCCUGGGAAAUCCUCCAUCAAAGGUUUAUGGCAAUAUCCGUGCUGUGGCUAGCAGAGCGGCAGACCGAUUCUGAUUUCAAAUCAGAGACUUUUUACCUUGUCUUUGAAUUCUAGAGAAAAUGCCUUUCCCCUCUACAAGUGGUCACCAGACACCAUGUGAAGAACUUUUCAGUCGUGGAUACCAUUAUUUAUACUAGCACAUUAAGUAUAAUUUAUUUUUUCCAUUUUAAAUCACAUAUCGAUUUGCAUAGUUUAUAAUCCUCUCAUUUGGAGGGAAACUUAUUUAAAAAAACAGUUCUAUAUUAGCUUCCAAGUUUUUUGUUUAUAAAUUUAUAAAAAGUUAUUUCUUCUCUAUGAGUUGUAAUUAAAAGAAUUAUCUCAGAAAA